AUGUGGAACCUCAAGCAAUAUUCGUCUCUAGAUAUGGACAGUCCUCAUCCAAAAGCUGCUAGUUUUAUAUCACCGCAAGUGUCUAUGAGUUGCAUGUCAUCGUUCCAAUUCACACUAUCGCCGGGGGGGAUGCUUGAGGUGAAUUUGUAUAUGCUGCCAACAGCUCCGUCGAUUGAUCACUUGAUAAUCCUGGUGUUCCAAUAUAAUCCUGGAGGGAACGAUGGCACCAUUGCGAAUGUGGUCCUUAGUGCGUCGGGAUCCUCCUUUGUGCCGUAUUGGCGAACUUUGAGAAUACCCAUCACUUUAACCGGAUCUGGCAUAUCUCAAGGCUACGUAGUAUUUAUGGGGUCAGCGGCAGCAGAGUCAGUUAUAUUGAUUGACUCAUUCCGAUAUAUUCCACCAUCAUUCGACGAGGAACUAUGUGUGAUAUAUAAUGAAGAAACGCCAACAACUAUUACCACUACUACUGAUGUAUCAACAACCACAGCUUUACCAACUACCACGGAAGCACAAACUACUACCGAAACACCAACUAUUACAGAGGCACCAACUACUACAGAAGCACCGACUACUACAGAAGCACCGACUACUACAGAAGCACCAACUACUACAGUAGCACCAACUAGUACAGUAGUACAAACUACUACCCAUGCACCAACUACUACCGAAGCACCAACUACUACCGAAGCUCAAACAACUACAGAAGCACCCACUACUACCAAAGCACCAACUACUACACAAGCACCAACUACUACACAAGCGCCAACUACUACCGGAACACCAACUAUUACAGAAGCACCAACUACUACAGAAGCACCAACUACUACAGAAGCACCGACUACUACAGAAGCACCAACUACUACAGUAGCACCAACUACUACAGUAGUACAAACUACUACCCAUGCACCAACUACUAACGAAUCACCAACUACUACCGAAGCUCAAACAUCAACAACCACAGCUUUACCAACUACUACGGAAGCACAAACUACUACCGAAACACCAACUAUUACAGAAGCACCAACUACUACAGAAGCACCAACUACUACAGAAGCACCGACUACUACAGAAGCACCAACUACUACAGAAGCACCAACUACUACAGAAGCACCAACUACUACAGUAGCACCAACUACUACCCAUGCACCAACUAAUACCGAAGCUCAAACAACUACAGAAGCACCCACUACUACCAAAGCACCAACUACUACACAAGCACCAACUACUACACAAGCACCAACUACCAGUGAAGCAUCAACUACCAUCGAAUUACCAACUACUACCGAAGCACCAACUACCACUGAAGCGUCAACUACUAACGUACCACCAACUACAAUCGAAUCACCAACUACUACGGAACCACUAAUUUCUACCGAACCACAUACUACUACUGACGCACCAACCAUUACUGAAACACCAUUUUCUACCGAGUUACCAAUCAUCACCGUACCAAUUACAACUACCGAUGAGCCAACACCUAGUUCAACCGUUGCACCAAGUACUGCUUCUGGGCCAACAACAACAGAAGAACAUGUAACAGGAGAAGAUGCUACUAUCACUAACGAACCAGGAUUAACUAAAACUACCACUGAAAUUAUAAGUUCAACUACUGAAAAUCCUACAACUACAUCAUAUACUUCCAUCGCAUCUACGACAUAUACAGAAACACCGUCUACAACUUCUGAUUCUGAUACUACAACGGACUUUACAGGCACAACUCCAAAUUCACCAAAUACAACAAACAAUCCAUUGCCUGAAGUAGAUGAUUACUACAGUUUCUGGAACGCAUUUACAAUAGCAAUGGUAGUAGUUCUAUCACUAAUCGCUUUAAUAUUAAUUGCCUUCUUUUUCUACAGAUUAGGCAAAAGUAGAAGAAAAGAAGUGCCGCAUGAACUGUUUGUUGAUUAUGAUAAUCUACCGAAACCUUUAGUUAUGCCUAGAGUUACCAAAGUAUAUCCAAAUCCUAUUCGAAUUCCCGGCAGUGUUAUUAGUCAGGAUUGUGUUAUUUUCGAUUUCGAGAAAGAUUUCAACAGUUCGUUCAGUAAUGAAGUCGGUGUGUGUAGAAAUUUGAUUAUGUGGAAUGUUGGGAACUACGAAAACCUCGCCAUCGACAGCCCUGACACGGGCUCGUCGAAGUUUGUGUAUCCAAAUGAGAAUUUAAGCUGUGCAUCAUCCUUUACAUUUCAAAUGACCGCAUUGGGUGUGUUAGAAGUUAACAUUUUUAUGAAACCAACAACUGCUACGGAUCAAGUGACGAUCCUUGCGAACCAGGUGGUGGAGAGUGGACAAGACGUGGUUGUUGGGAAUACUUGGAUCAUUGCCUCUGAUGAUAAUUUUGUCAGUGGAUGGAGAACCGCCAGGUUAAUUUUGAAUGGAUUGGGCACUUUUGAUGGUUAUAUUACCAUACUUGGAAUGGCUGCACGAGAUUCAAUUGUAUUAGUUGACUCGUUUCGACACAUAUCACCCAGUAUAGAGGAAGAAGAGUGUAUUAUAUAUGAAAAAAUCACUACGACAACGACUAAAACCACACAAACGGAUGAAAUUUCAACGGAGACAGAGAACACACUAUCCACGUCAACUCUCACAACAGUCACUACUACUACCAGUCCAGGCAUUACUUCCACAACGUAUUAUACAACGACGUCAGAGCAAUCUGAAGAAACGAAGACAAUGUCAACUACUCCAUCUGGAAUCCCUGAUAUCACAACAAUGCAAACAGGAUCCUCUGAUACCACAGAUACCACUUUCUCUACAGAUAGUACCGUAAUAACAGAGUCAACUAUCUCAACAGAUUCUAGUAAGGAGACUAUUGAUCCCAUUACUUUGACGCCUCCCACAACGAUAUUAUCGACAAUAUCUACCACACGACAAACUUCAAGUUCAACUUAUCCUGAAUUUACUGAUUCAGAAACUACCACUAAAAUAAAUACGGUUAUUACAACUGAAACAACUAUGGCAAAUUCAGAUGCUACAACGAAGCCAGAUCAUACAGCUACUGAUAGUGACACAUCAUUAUCAACUACAUCACUAUCAACUGUAACUGAUAAUGAUAUUUCUACGAUCUCUCCUUCGUCCAUUACCACAGAUUCUGUGUCAACGACAAACUUAAUAACAGAGGAAUCUAAUCAACCAACAGUAACAAAUCCAAACUCUUCAACUGAGUCAAUUAUAACUGAAACUACUACUAGUCUUCAUACAGAGUAUACAACAACCACUUCUGGAACCGAGACAAAAUACACGAUGACGAAUCUACCUGAUACGUCUAGUUCCACUUCAGAAAAAAGUACUACAUAUAUUGAUACUACAACAGACGUCACACAAAUCACUUUGUACCCAGAAACUACUACAAUAGGCCAAAGUGAAUCAAUUUCCACUGCUGAAGAUAUUAUAAGCCAAGGGACAACUAAACCACCUAAUUUAACAACAACGGAGGAAAAUACAAGUGAAACAACUACAGUUACUAUUACUACUACAAAUUCUCCCUCUAAACCAAGACGUAGGUUUUGGAACACGUGUACAAUAAUUAUGGUGAUUAUUUUAAUACUUAUAAUUUUAGUUGUUACUGCUGUAGUUUGGUAUUUAAUUGGUAAAAGAAGCCGUCGAAGAGAGUCCCAAAUGAUUCUGCCUUAUUUGGAAGAGCCUCCUAAAACUCUCAUAAUACCAAGGGUCUCCAAAAUUUGGGCUGAUUCGAGCACAAUCCAUAGGUUAUCGAAUAUCAUUAAAUUAGAAUGA